AUGCGGAUAGAUGUCGCUUUGCUCAGCGGGCGGACGGCUUCAGUGCAUGUGGAAUCGGAGGCUUUGGUGCAAGAGCUGCGCCGCGAAGCAGAGCGAGAGCUUGGCUACCGGCUGAAAGGAUUCGUCUCUUCCAGUGGAGAAGCGAUCUCCGAAGAGCAAACUCUGGCUGCAGCGGGAAUUGCUGAUGGGCAGACGCUGUACGGCCUGGCCUAUGACGGCGGGGGCCCCCUCUGCAACCGCUGGUCCCGAGUGCUAGUUGUUGUUACAGACGAGGGCACUGUGAGGACUUGGUGGGGCAGCCACUGGGGUCGAAAUCGCGGCAGGGGCUAUCAACCCCGUCUGCAGGAUGUGCGGCAGGUGGCGAGCACCAGCCGUGCCGUCGCCGUCGUUCAUGGAGAUGGGCGAGUGACAUCCUUUGGUAGCCGGGAUCACGGCGCCAGUUGCAAGAAAGUUGAGGAACGGCUGGUGCACGUGGAAAAGAUCGCGGCAACAUCUGGGGCCUUUGCCGCCAUCUGCCGUGAUGGCUCUGUGGUGACUUGGGGCCGCCCCCAAUGCGGCGCAAAUAGCGUUAGCGUCCAGUCCCAGCUGCGGGACAUUGUCGAAGUGUGUGGUACCGCCGCUGCUUUUGCAGCCCGCCGCGCCGACGGUGCUGUGGUCAGCUGGGGCUUUACCGGAUACGGCGGGAAUCGCCCACGAGAAGUUAUGGAGGUUCGAGAUGCCCAGGAGCUAUGUGCAACUGCCCAUACCUUUGCAAUGCGCAAAGCUGACGGUACUGUUGUGACGUGGGGACACGGUCUGGACGUUAGCCAUCUCCAGGAUGAGCUGCAGAAUGUCCAGGCGCUUUGCGGUACCAGCUCUGCCUUUGCAGCCCUCCGGGCGGAUGGCACUGCGCAGCAGCCGUUGUGUGCGCCCAAGCAUUUCUGGUCUGUGUGA